AUGUCCCCAAUGCGGCCUGUCCCCGUGGUUCUGACUGGUGGUCCCAGGUGGCUUCAGGACAUCACCUGGCUGGCAGCAGAAGACGGCAAGAACAACUGUGUAGUGUACAGCAUGGGUGGACAACUUUGGUGCACUACAACCAAACCUAUCAUGGAAGGAGAGGAGCUAGCUGCGUUUGCUGUGGUCAGCCAUGCAGGUCUCGCUGAGGGAAUGUACCCGGCCAGAUUGCUGGACUCCAUCCAACUAUUGCCCCAACAGGCCAACAUGGCAUCCAUACUUCCCAACGCUAUAGUCAAUAAGGACAUCUUCCCGUGUAAGGCGUGUGGGAUAUGGUACCGCAGUGAGAGGAACCUGCAGGCUCAUCUGAUGUACUAUUGCAGCGGGAGACUGAGGGACUCAGUCUCAGACAUGAAGGCAGAGCAGUUAGACAGGAAGACUGGUCCCCAUCACAUGCCCAACAUAGGCCCUGGCCCCUACCCACACUGCAAUAUAACUGGACCAGCACAGCAGGCCUUGGAGAUGCACUUGAACACCCACAAUGGUGUUAAGAUGGAGGAGGCGGUGUCCACUGGCGGGGGUAGUAUGAAAUGCACAAUCUGUGACUACACAGUGGACUCCCUCCCCAGCCUCCAGCAGCACAUUCUCGCCCACCUGUCUCAGACAAGCUACCAGUGCUCCCACUGCCACUUCAGCUUCACCUCCCCCAGGGAACUGGACAAGCACCGGGAGAAUCACGGACACAACCACAGCCCACUCAGACAGCACGGUCCCAGGCAGGUCGAGACAGAGUGCUCUCCCAGGGAAGGCAGCAGCGUGGAGAGGAGCCCCCAUCAGGCCAUUGUGGAGCAGGAAAAGGAGUUCCUUCUGAGCCAAGUUCUGGGUAGCAGCCUUGACACCAGGACUAGUCCCAAUGCGGACCUGGAGAAGAUGGAGACUUCCCUGGUGAAAGCUGACCCUAACUCAGGGAGCAGGGCUAGUUUCUCCUACACCAGUGUCAAAUCGGAACCCUCCAGCCCUCGCCAGGCAACCUCGCCCAUCCAGAACUGCAUGGGCCCCGCUGCUUUCCCCAUGGGGCCAUUCUUACCCCAUUUCCCCUUCUCACACAACAUAACAGCCGCCCCCCAGGCCUCGGAGAUCCUGGCUAAGAUGUCCGAGCUGGUCCACCGUAGACUGAGGCAUGGAGGUACUAACAACUACCCCCCUCAUGUCAUGUACAGCACCCUUGUCCCCAAAGGGGCCACGUGUUUCGAAUGCAAUAUCACUUUCGGUAACUUGGACAACUACUUAGUUCAUAAAAAGGACUACUGUAUUAGCCGUUGGCAGCACAUGGCCAAGCCACAUGAUUACACAGGUGUCCUGGACAAAGUGGCUGAUACAGGGAGCCCUAAAUGUGGGGGUUUGGGUGGGUUGGGCAGCCUGAACAUGAUGGGUCAUGGUCAUCUAUCUGACCACAACAGUUAUCUCAUGUCCCCCCGCCUGAACCUGUCAGGACUGGACGUUGGGGAGGGGAAGGCACAGGUACAUGCUGAGUUCCCAGAUAGCGUGAAGAACCGCUCCACCCCCACCACUUCAGAUGAGAACCCCUCUAUAGAGGGAGAUGUGACAAGUCCCAAAACGUCCCAAACGCCCGAGACAGAUAUCUUAGACCCUAACAAGACGACAUGCGAGCCCUGUAAGAUCACCUUCAGUCGUACCGAGACUUACAUGGUUCACAAGCAGUAUUACUGCGCCACGCGUCAUGAUCCGCCAAUGAAACGAGUGCAUGGAAACAAACUGCCCGCCACCCAGAGAAUGGUGCGUACGCGGAAACGGAGGAAGAACUUAGAAAUGAAUGUUCCCAACCACGAACAACAGAGGUCUCCCAUGAGUCAUCAUCCACAUUACUUUGGGAUAGCACCCAUUGGAGGACGAGGCAUGUACCAUGACCCAGGGAAGAUAUAUGGUAACCAGUUUCACCCCAGUUACAAUAUGUUUCUUGGCAUGGUUCCGAAGCAUCCAGAGGCUAAUCUCCCUGUCACUAAAUCAGCUCUGAUAUCUAAGUGCAACGCCAUAGCUCAAGAUGAUUUGAACAGCCCUAUCGAUCUUAGUAAAAAGUGUUUAUCAUCAAGCCCUGGUAAAUUAUCUACCACUCCUAAAAGACUCACGGACUAUCACGAGUGCACAGUGUGCAAGAUCAGCUUCAACAAAGUGGAAGACUACCUUGCGCACAAACUGAGCUCUUGCCCCAUCACUGCUCCAGAUCACAAAACAUCUGCGGUUGUAAAAAUAGUAGGGUUUAACAACCCAGUAGAUGACAACGAAAUAAACCUGGAGAAAUGUGCCACCAAUGGAGUCAAUAAGGUGUCUGUUCAAACAGGUAGCACUAAAGGGGAUCAGCUCGCUGUCAUCAAAGAGGAAAGCAGGGACCAGUUUCUGUCCCAAGAAUUUAACCCUCCUUUAUUUAAGAAAAUUAGACGUGAUGAACAGAUUUCACACUUUUAUGGAAUCAAGCCUGCCGACUACACCACAGGUACAGUGGUGAUGCAGAGAGAGCUCAGCGAGCAGAGACAGAGCCCCAAUGAAGGGAGUGAGGUGGAAAAAGAUCAGCCUAUUCCUGAUGGCUACCAGGAAACAAAAGGUGUUUUGCCGCAAAAUGGCUGCCAGGAGCCUGAGAACACAGAGAACACACUCCAGGACAACAAGCUUGUUAACUCCCAUCUCCCAGACAGCCACGUAUCAUCCUUGUCAGAUUCAGAGAGUCCUGUCAGUGUCAACCCCAAGAAGAGCACUUCCUCAUCCUCGUCCUCCCCAGCAGUAUCUAAGACAGAGGAGGUCCUACCCUCCUGUAUGAAAAGAAGCCUAAACGGCUCCAUCCAGGCAACACAGGGUAACGUCAAAUAUUGCCGCCUGUGCAACAUCCAGUUCAACAACCUGUCCAACUUCAUAACGCACAAGAAAUUCUACUGCUCGUCACACACCACCGAGCACGUCAAAUGAGUUUGGUUCGGUGCCCAGUCUCUCUCCUCC